UUCCGUCCGGGCUACCAUCCUUCGCCUCGUUCUCGCUCUCUCGGUCGGUCUUGCAGUGAAGAUGGCGGAAGCUCCCCCGCGGCCCUGCCGGUUCUUCUGUCACCGGUGUUCGGAAGAGAUCAGCCCUCGGCUCCCGGAUUACAUCUGUCCGCGGUGUGAGUCCGGCUUCAUCGAGGAGCUGCCUGGAGAGGGAAGUGCAGAGAACGGGUCCACAUCCACAGCCUCUAGUGAUCAGAACCGGCCCUCGUUUGAGAAUGUGGACCAGCACUUGUUUACGUUCCCGCAUGGUUAUGGGCAGUUUGCUCUGGGGAUCUUCGAUGAGGGCUUCGACUUCAGAGCGGGUUUGUCAGCAGAAGAUAACCGUGAUGCAGAGAACCGCAGAGAGCGAGAGAUGGCCUCACGACAGAGACACGGGGCCAGACAGCCACGGGGACGACACGUCCCCCGGAGACAAGGAGCACGGCAUGAGGGGGUACCCACUCUAGAAGGAAUCAUUCAGCAGUUAGUUAAUGGAAUUAUUGCUCCGACAGCUAUGCCAAACAUGGCGAUGGGGCCAUGGGGAGUGCUGCACUCAAACCCAAUGGACUAUGCAUGGGGUGCCAAUGGAUUAGAUGCCAUCAUAACACAGUUAUUAAAUCAGUUUGAAAAUACGGGUCCCCCUCCGGCAGACAAAGAGAAGAUAAAGAAUCUCCCUACAGUCCAGAUAACACAGGAGCACGUGGGUGCUGGUCUAGAGUGUCCCGUCUGUAAAGAAGACUACAGCGCAGGAGAGAACGUUAGACAACUUCCUUGCAAUCAUCUCUUUCAUAACGACUGUAUAGUUCCCUGGCUCGAGCAGCAUGACACGUGUCCGGUGUGCAGGAAGAGUUUGAGCGGGCAGAACACAGCCACAGAUCCGCCCGGCCUGUCAGGGAUAAAUUUCACCCCUUCUUCCUCCUCCUCUUCCUCCUCCAGCUCUCCAAGCAACGAGAAUUCCACCAAUAACUCGUAAGAGCUGAGACCGCAUCCUGAACACAUCAUCAUCAUCAUCAUCUCAGUGCUGCGCCGUGCUGGUUUCCCCUCCACCGGUGACAGAACCAGGGCUGAACGAUAAUCUCUGACCCCGCCCAUCACUAAUAACACACCUUUACCAGCCCUGAAGCGGGUCCAGACUGGUCAGAGAGCACGCCAAGAGACAAAUACACUCUUCUAUUGCUUCAGACAGCGUUACGUUGCUUUUUUUUAACCGUUAAACUUCAGAGCGGUCAUGCCUCAAGGUUUGGGCAGCACCUGUCCACGUGAUGUGGUUUUAAUCAGCAGAAAGCCUGAGAAAAAUGCUGAGGAAAACAGAGCGAUGAAGGAAAAGAAGAAGAGGAUGUUACACAGCGAUGACGGUGCCAGAUCGGAAGAGUCGAACUGCAUUUUAGAAGCAGACGUUGUGUCUCUCGAGAGGGAUACGUGCGUUCAAAUAGAAUCUUUUUUUAUCAUUUGAUGUUUAUUUUAUGGAUAAAAGUGGCUGAUUUGUGAACGUGCGUAUG